AUGAUCACUGAAACACUUAUAUCGAAGCAAGGACCCUUGGGUUACGUGUGGCUUGCUGCCAACUACGACAAGAAACUCACCAAACAUCAAUUGUUAAGUGCCAAUAUAUCUGAUUCAACUGAAUUCAUUGUUAAUCUGUCUAUCAAUUAUUCCAAUUCAGAAUCAUCACCACAAGAAAAUACCAAUGGUUCCUCGGAGACAAAUGGUAAUACUAUCACUUUAAGAUUGUCUGGACAAUUACUUUUAGGUAUAGUAAGGAUUUAUUCAAGAAAAACAAAAUAUUUAUUAGAUGAUGUUAAUGAUAUUCUUAUUAAAUUAAAAACUUCUUUCAAAUAUGCUAGUGGGAUUAAUUUAGGGAUAGAUGGUGGAUCUAUAAAUAGUAAUCAAAUCAAUCUAAAUUUAAAAGAUACCAUUGUAUCUAAUGUUAAAAGUAUUACAUUACAAGAUCAAGUUACACAAUUUGAUUUAUUAUAUCAAGAAGAUUUAAAUUUGGAUGAUGAUAAUAAUAUGGUGGUUAAUAGACCAAGUCAAAGUAUAGGUGAUAUCUUCAGUCAAGCUCUUAGUCAAAGUCGUCAACCAGAAGAUGAUAGUUUUGAUUUUGAUAAUUCUAUAGAAUAUGGUAGAUAUGGUGAACCAUUAGAACCAACUACUCCUGGUGGUCAUGAAAUUGAUUUACAAUUGGAUUUCGAUCUUAAUGAUGAUUAUGGUGAUGAUUUCAAUAAUAAUGAUAAUGAUGAUUCCAUUGAAGUUGGAAGAAAUGCAUCCCAUAUACUUGAUGAACGUGAAUUAUCAACCUUAUCCAUAGACAAUAAUAAUAACAAAGAUGACAAUGAUGAUGGAUUUGAUUUAGGUAAUCCUCUUGAAACUAUAGAUGAACCAGGUCUUGAAGUCGAUGAUGGUUCAAGUACUCCUAUUGAACAUAUAUCAACUCCUCCUCCUAUAGAGAAACAACCAAGACAAAAACGAACUGGUAUAACAGCUGAUGGAGAAAUAAUAACCAAUAAAAGAAAAUUGAAAAUCGAUAGUUUAGAAGAUUUAGAUGGUAUUUCAAUUCAAACUUUAAAAGACAAUCAAGAACGUUUAUUACAAACCAGAUUUGAAAAUGAUCAAUAUUUAACAUUAAACUUAACUGAGUCUGAAAAACUUUCAUUAAUCUAUGAAUUAUCAGCACCUCCUAUAACUAAUAAAAGAAGAAAAUUAUUCAAUGUUGAUGAACAACUUCAACAAAGAUGUUUGGAAUUAUCAAAACUUGAAGAACAAAAAUUGGAAGAACAACAUAAUUUAGGAUUCAAUGACGAUGAUUAUGGUGAUGAUUUCAAUAAUAAUGAUGAUGAUAAUGAUAAUUUCAAUCAAAGUCUUGAUUUUGACAUUUCCUUACCUGAAUUUUCAAAUGAGAAUGUUAGUGAUUUAAUUGAUUCUCAAGAGAAUGAAGAUGAUGGUUCAAAUAUAAAUUCAGUACAAUCCACCAUCCAAGUUGCGGAAAAUAUCCGUCAAUUAUUAAAAGAUGAAUCAUUAGUUGAAUUAUCCGAUAUAAUAGAGGAAGAUUUAACUAUUCAAGAUAAUGAUGAUAGUAAAGUUCCAUUAGGUUUAAUUUCUAAAAGUGGUGAAAGACAAAUCAAUAUGAAGAGAGAAGCUACGAAAUGUUUCUUUGAAUUGCUUGUAUUGGCCACUAAUGAUUGUAUUGAAAUGCAACAAGAAAAUGAUUCAAUUAAAUUGGGACAACAAAUUAACAUUAGAUCUAGAGAUAGACUUUAUCAAAACUUUUUAUAG